AUGGCGUUGUCCGGCAUGAGAGGCCUCUCCGUUUUCAUCAGCGACAUUCGCAAUUGCCAGAAUAAAGAGCAGGAGAGGCUCCGAGUCGACAAGGAGCUUGGAAAUGUCCGCACUCGCUUUAAGAACGAGAAGGGUCUGACGCCAUAUGAGAAGAAAAAGUAUGUCUGGAAAAUGCUUUACAUUUAUAUGCUUGGUUAUGAUGUGGAUUUUGGUCAUAUGGAGGCUGUAUCUCUUAUAUCUGCACCAAAGUACCCUGAAAAGCAGGUUGGCUAUAUCGUCACAUCGUGUUUGCUUAAUGAGAACCAUGAUUUCUUGAGGUUAGCGAUAAAUACUGUGCGUAACGACAUUAUUGGUCGCAACGAAACAUUUCAAUGCCUUGCGCUGACUAUGGUUGGAAAUAUUGGGGGGCGAGAGUUUGCCGAGUCAUUAGCACCAGAUGUCCAAAAGUUGCUAAUUUCAAGCAGCUGUAGACCACUCGUGAGGAAAAAAGCAGCAUUAUGUCUACUGCGUCUGUAUAGAAAAAAUCCCGAUGUUGUCAAUGUGGACGGCUGGGCGGAUCGCAUGGCUCAACUUUUAGAUGAGCGUGAUCUUGGUGUUUUGACAUCUUCCAUGAGCCUUCUUGUUUCUCUUGUAUCAAACAAUCACGACUCCUACUGGAGCUCUCUUCCAAAGUGCGUUAAAAUUCUGGAGCGCCUUGCUAGGAACCAGGAUAUUCCACAAGAAUACACAUAUUAUGGUAUCCCAUCUCCCUGGCUUCAGGUGAAAACGAUGAGGGCUCUUCAGUACUUUCCAACAAUUGAAGAUCCAAAUACCCGAAGGUCAUUGUUUGAGGUCUUGCAAAGGAUUUUAAUGGGAACAGAUGUUGUGAAGAAUGUCAAUAAGAACAAUGCGUCACAUGCCGUUCUGUUUGAAGCCCUUGCUCUUGUGAUGCAUCUUGAUGCUGAAAAAGAGAUGAUGUCUCAGUGUGUUGCCCUUCUUGGGAAGUUUAUUGCAGUUCGUGAGCCAAAUAUUCGAUAUCUUGGCUUGGAAAAUAUGACUAGGAUGUUGAUGGUGACGGAUGUUCAGGAUAUUAUCAAAAGACAUCAGGCUCAGAUCAUAACAUCAUUAAAGGAUCCUGAUAUUAGUAUCCGGAGGCGUGCUCUUGAUUUGCUUUAUGGUAUGUGUGAUGUUUCAAAUGCAAAGGACAUAGUUGAAGAAUUAUUACAGUAUCUCAGCACAGCAGAAUUUGCAAUGCGUGAGGAAUUAUCUCUUAAAGCUGCAAUUCUUGCAGAGAAGUUUGCUCCUGAUUUGUCAUGGUAUGUGGAUGUGAUUCUACAAUUGAUCGAUAAGGCAGGAGAUUUUGUUAGUGACGACAUAUGGUUUCGUGUUGUGCAGUUUGUUACAAACAAUGAAGAUCUGCAGUCUUAUGCAGCAAUAAAAGCGAGAGAAUAUCUUGAUAAACCAGCUAUACAUGAGACGAUGGUAAAGGUCAGUGCGUAUCUUAUUGGAGAAUUUGGUCAUCUUUUGGCCCGAAGACCAGGUUACAGUGCAAAAGAAUUAUUUAGAAUAAUACAUGAAAAGCUUCCAACCGUUUCUACAUCUACCAUUCCUAUUCUUCUGUCAACAUAUGCUAAGAUCUUAAUGCACACUCAACCCCCAGAUCAGGAACUGCAAAAUCAGAUUUGGGGAAUAUUUAACAAAUACGAGAGUUGCAUUGAUGUUGAGAUACAACAGCGUGCUGUUGAAUAUUUAGCACUGAGCAAGAAAGGUGCAGCUCUAAUGGAUAUAUUGGCCGAAAUGCCAAAGUUCCCUGAGAGACAGUCUGCUUUGAUCAAGAAGGCCGAGGAUACUGAAACUGACACAGCAGAACAAAGUGCCAUCAAAUUGCGAACACAACAACAAUCAUCAAAUGCCUUGGUCUUAACUGAUCAACGUCCUGUUAAUGGAACUCCAUCUGCCAGCCAGCUUACUCUGGUGAAGGUGCCGAAUGCAAGCAGUUAUCCGGAUGCAGCUGACCAAGAAUUGUCUCAGACCAAUGGGACUCUAAACAAAGUAGAUUCUAGCCCCCCUGCACCUGAUCUCCUCGGAGAUCUCUUGGGUCCACUUGCUAUUGAAGGUCCUCCGGGUGCUACUGCCCAGGCUCAGCAAAAUAUAAUGUCCGAAAUGGAUGGUGUUCCAAAUGCAGCUGAGGGCAGAGCUAUUGUUCCAAUUGGAGAACAGCAAAAUUCAGUUCAGCCAAUAGGAAAUAUAGCUGAAAGGUUCCAUGCCUUGUGUAUGAAAGAUAGCGGUGUGCUGUACGAGGAUCCGUAUAUUCAGAUUGGCAUUAAAGCAGAGUGGCGAGCCCAUAUGGGACGACUUGUUCUUUUUCUUGGAAACAAAAAUACUUCUCCCCUUGCCUCUGUCAAGGCUAUUAUAUUGCCUCCAUCGAAUUUAAAGAUGGAAUUGUCGUUGGUACCUGAAACUAUACCUCCGCGUGCCCAGGUACAAUGCCCACUUGAAGUCAUUAAUGUACAUCCAAGCCGAGAUGUGGCUGUCCUCGAUUUCUCUUACAAGUUUGGAAAUGACCUGGUAAGUGUGAAGCUUCGCCUUCCAGCUGUCUUCAAUAAAUUUCUCCAGCCUAUAUCUGUAUCUGCAGAGGAGUUCUUCCCUCAAUGGAGAUCGCUCUCAGGGCCCCCAUUGAAGCUUCAAGAAGUGGUUAGAGGUGUAAAACCCCUUCUGCUAUUAGAGAUGGCAAAUUUAUUCAACAGUCUGCGGUUAAUGGUUUCUCCAGGGCUUGACCCAAAUCCAAACAAUCUUGUUGCAAGCACAACAUUUUACUCGGAAAGUACACAAGCCAUGCUCUGCCUAAUUAGGAUUGAAACUGAUCCAGCAGACAGAACCCAAUUGCGAAUGACAGUUGCCUCAGGGGAUCCAACAGUAACUUUUGAGUUGAAGGAGUUCGUCAAGGAACAGUUGGUAAGCAUACCUGGGCCUCAUGCACCCACUCCGCCAUCAGCAGCACCAUCAGUAGGUCAUCCCGCGGUUGCUACACCAGCAUUCACAGAUCCCGGUGCAAUGCUAGCAGGUUUGCUUUAG